UAUUUUUGCAGUUGACGAAGUAAGCGGGAAGUAAAUGGUGUAAAUAUGGAAGUGGAGGACGACAACCGGGAUGAAGCGAUGGGGGAAGACCUGGAAGGCUCACUCACAGAAUCAUCCGUUUCAUCCCUCAACCCCGUCGAACAGUUUUCCCCCAGAGCUUCCACUUCUUCCAUUCGUUCUACGUUGAAAACUUGCAACGGCGAUUCUGUGAUGGCAGCUGCUGGCACACAAGGAAGUGUAACUAUUUCGCUACAUCCCUUGGUUAUCAUGAAUAUCUCCGAUCAUUGGACCCGAGUCAAGUCUCAAGAGGGUUCAUCAAAGAAAGUGAUCGGGGCGUUGAUCGGACAACAGAAAGGGCGUCACUUGGAACUGAUGAACUCCUUCGAGCUGAGUUACGACAUUAUCGACGAAGCAUACGUUUUCGAUAAGGACUACUACUCUAUGAAGGAAACACAGUUCAAACAAGUGUUCAGUGAAAUGGAAUUCCUUGGCUGGUACACGACUGGGGGUGAGCCUGAUCAAACGGACAUUCAGCUCCAUCGUCAAGUGACUGAAUUUCACGAAAGCGCAAUUUUCCUGAAGUUGAACCCUGUGGCCAAAGACACCGAGCAUCUACCUGUGAGCGUGUACGAGUCGCUCAUCGACAUUGUUGAAGGUGAAACGAAAGUGUUAUUCCUGCAAAUCCCUUACACAUUGGCAACGGAAGAAGCUGAACGAAUCGGUGUUGACCACGUCGCGAGGUUCACUUCCAGCGUUUCAGGAAGUAAUUCUCAGGUCGCUGAACACCUUCAGGCUCAGUUUGGUGCAGUGAAAAUGCUGCACAGUCGAAUCAAGUUCAUUCUGGAGUAUCUGAAAGCCAUGGAUAGAGGAGAGGUUCACGAGAACCAUGAGAUUUUACGACUUGCUAAUGCGAUGUCCCAUCAGCUACCAGUUUUCGGCGGAUCGGAUUUCUACGCCGCGUUUUACAACCAAUGCAACGAUGUGGCUUUGGUGGCCUAUUUGGCGUCCAUCACGAAGAGUUGCCAAACCAUGAAUCACUAUCCAGUUCGGUCCAACACAAGGAAGUUACCGGAAGUAAUAGGAGAGAUUUUACCCUCCGACGCUGACGAAGUUCGUCUAGAGAAUCGGGACGAAUUCGGAACUGCGCAAGUGCCAAUAAUCCCUGGGACUUUGUACUGCAAUUUAGCGGAUAAUUGUGCAGAAUUCAAGGCUCAUUUCCGGUCUUUGGAGGACUUCUGUGCGUGUGAUUUAAUGAAAGAGAGCGAAGACACGGAGGAUGAAGGAGGAUCACGUUUUCAGCAGGCGAAAGAAACGUGUAUGACAGUCAUCUCGGAUUUUUUCCCGACCCUCUCUGACGUUUUAACACCCACCUGUCACGAUUUGGCGGGUUCGGACGAAGUGUUCGCCACCCGAGAAGAAUUGAAGCACAAGAGGUUGAAGGUGUCGAAACCAACUCCUGUGUCGUCUCCAGCAAAACUCGCGGCAUCGGAAUUGAUAGACGAAGCUGCAAACACCGGAGGGAUUCACGUCAGGAAGUCCAUCAUACCGUCUCCGAAUUCUGUGUCUACGUAUCAAAGAGCUGGAAUGGUGAAGCCGGUUCUUCAUCCCAUUGAUCCAUUUGUGGGCUGUGUUAACCUUCCGAGCUUCAAGACUUCCAGUGAUUGCGAGGAAUCUGGUCCCGAGAAAAAAUCCAGUCUGGUCUUCGACAAGGUCUCCUCAGCUCUAGCGAAGAUCACAUCCGACCUCGGCCGACUCGGCGCCGAUAUUGCGUGUCUGGGAUCCAGGAAUUCAUUCGAAAUGAGCGAGCGGAAGUACUUGAAAUCCGCUGAUGUCCAGCGCACGGGGAAACGAAAUCCUCUUCCGGUCUUUGGUCGAUGUCCCUGCAUGUCUGACGCUGAAGACGCGAAAAAGCCCGCGGUCAAACGAAACCCACCCCCCGUUCGGCCGACGAACUCCUCUGUGUACAUUCCUUUCGAGUCUGAGCACCACAAACCGGACCACGUGGAAGAUCAUCAUCAGAGAUUCGAGAACAUCUUGGGUCGUGAUGUGAAAUCCGUGGGAAGACGUUAUUCGGGGCAGGAUACCGGUAGUCCGAGCAGUGUUUGUCGAACGCCUACCGGGAAACGUACUUACAUGAUCGGUGGCCGGAAGGGUGUUGUCUUGGGCAAACUCGCGUCUGCGUCCAAAAUAGUUGAGAAAUAUGCUGCGGGAUUGAGGCGAUCCAAGGCGAGUUUGUUUGAAUUGGUUCACAAAAUACCUGCUCCAGAAUCGACGCAUUUGUUGGACUCAGUUCGUGCCAUGUGCCGGAAGGGAUCCGUGACUUCUGAAGUGGUUGACAAGUAUCAAAACGUUGUCAAUGAGUUUUCAUUCGCGAAUAAUAAAAACCCGAGGUGUAAUACUGAGCUGAAAGAUGGAUUGAAAGGGAAAGCUUGCGGAUUGUGUCGAAUCAGUCACAGUGAAGUGAAUAUUUUCAAGAGGUGCAGUCGAGUGUCUUCUGGUGAACAACCUACUGAUCGUGAACAAGCUCCUGCUGAUCCUUCAGAGCAACGGGAUUACCAGUCGACGGAAAUUGCGCCGAACGUGAUCCUCACUGUCCCGAGAUCAUCAGUGCAACCCCAGAACCCCAUUCUGAACCAAAUUCACGCGGUGUCAAUAAAUCAGAACCCGUCUCCCGUGUCCGCGUCAACCUCUUCGGGACCAGGACGAACCCAGGGCAGCAGUGACGCUCGAUGCCAAACUGAAGAACCAACAACGGUCGAAGAUCAUUUGCAUUAUGAUGCUGCUGCUGGUGCUGGCCCAUCAACAACCGUGACGAUGGGCAUCCCUGUCCAGCCUCGGCAUAGCAUCGACGAGGCCUACGUCAAGUUCUGGACCCGAGGAGCUGAUCCGGAAUCUGCAGCAAGUACUCAAGGCAGUUCUGGGUUUUUCUAUUGGAAUGAUGAGGAAGAUCGGAGAGCUGCUGAAGCAGCUGCAGUGGCGGCAAGUCAUGUUCCCAUGAAUGAUCAAGUCAAGUUACCCACGGAUGAUAAUGAACAGAGAAAUGAAAUCAACCAAGCAGUUCAUUCGAAUCCGGAAUUGCAAAAAUCUGCGUCGAAUAGUUUGCUGAAUAAGGACGCGAUUGCGGAUAGCACCAGCGCCUCUUUGCGGGUUUCCUCAUCUGACUGGCUCGCAAGUGCUGCCCACAAAAGCAGCGAUAUUGAAACUGCUUCCAAAGGGAAACGUGAAGAAGAAACGUACAACGAUGUCAAACCUUUGGCUGAAACUGUUGCAGAAGUGAAGAAACCGAGGAGAUUGAGUAUCAAUAGCUUGACUUCGAGCAAAAAACUGACCUUGAAGCCGAGUAUUUUAGAACUCAACGAAACUCCAUUGAACAAGCGUCGUUUAGGAGCCCCAGCAUCGCUGGAAAACGCUUUGAGUCCCAUGUUACCUCCGUCUAAAGAAGUGGCCAGAACUUCCAGGAGAUUCUCAUUGCCAUCCACAGUUUUCUUUGAAUUGCCGAAAGUCUCCACCAAUAGUCCCUCAGCUAAGCUCCAACCCAAAUGGCAAACGUCAUCCCACGAACUUCUGAAACCCAGUCAGAGUUUAUCAGCUGGGGAAGCGUCAUCAAAAGAAGAAAAGUCUCCACCUUUGAAACGCUCCAAGUCCAGGAGCAGGCGGAAGUUUAUCGCAAAAUUGUCCAAGGAAGAUAUCAAGAAGUCUGUGAAUUUGUUGGAUCGUCCUGGUGUCGGGGCCGGGGUACGGAAACGAGCGAUUCAGUUUACAGCCAGCACCAGACACCAGCAACCCGGUGGUAAUACCGAUAACGAGGAAGAGAAUUUAGCUCUGGAUUUCAUUGCUGACAGAGAAGUUCCGAUUCGGCUGCCUGGAGAUGUUCUCAGGAUGUGGAUCAAGGACGGGAUUGGCGCCAAGGCAUCUGAUUGGCCCAAGAAAGUUGAGUCAAAGACGUCUUGGCGCCAGUUUAUGAUUUUGAGGAGGGGGUUAAGCUCUGCCGAGUCGGACGUGGAGGACCAAAACCCCGACACGAGGGCGUCCACAGGCGAACCCGCGGGGAAAGGCGGUGUUUACGCCUUGGGCCUCCAAGAAUCAGCGGACAUGGAACCCGUGGACCCGACAGCGUCAGAAGCUGCCCGUCUCUCGUCGACUUCAUCAUCAUUGCGGCGCCGGACGUCUCAACACGGCGCCUCUUUCCUGGCGAAAAAGGCCGCCUCCAUUAUUGACAAUGCGGACAGGCCUUUGAAGCGGAAACGAGUGCAUCCGCCUGCCAAGGAAAUUCAGGAGCUGAUGUCGCUGAAAAAUUCCGAAUUGUUUCUCAAGAUGUUCAAGAUUUCCAAGCAGAUUAGGGAAGACGAGGGGAACUUUUUGUGCGCCCCUUUUUAUGUGUCGCAAUGGGCUGUUUUGUUGUGUUCUGGCCUGAGUGACAAGGUGGGGAAGUCGUUUUCUGAGGCCAUGGGCAUCCCAGGGGAUGUGGACGUCAAUCGAGUUUUCAGAUAUGCUCAGCAGCUGUUGACGGAGGAUGAUCCUCCUCGCCGAGCCGAAUGGAUGGAAAGGAAGAGUCGGAGGGAGAACAAUAAGAGGAACACUCGAGUGAAGAUCCUUCACUGCGGAGAAGACGCUUUGGACGACGAUUUCAUGGACUUUCUCAAGAAGAAUUACCCGACGAGCUACGAAAAGGUCACUCCGAAAGUUGCCGAGCAUUUGAUGCUCAAAAUGAUGCCUUAUCGCCUCGCCGAAAAUCAAAUGAACCUGUCGCAAAUGAUCCUCAUGGCCGAACAACCGCCGCGGAAAAAUUCUUCCAUGAUCUUAUUCUGUCAGUAUGAUUCCCCGUGGGUCUUCGCUUUUCGGAAUGAGCCGACGAUAGUGAAUUUUUGCAACGACGGGAAGAAAUCGCAGUGUCGAGGUGUUCCCGGUAUAACGUUUUCUCACGGAGAAGCCAUUCAUUUUUCGGAUGAAUCAACCUCGAGUCAUCUUAUCCAGCUACAACAUCCGACGAGACGGAGCUACUCGUUAUUAUUGGUUGUCCCAUUCGAGAAGGACGGACUCGCCAAAACGGAAGCAGAAAUUUCUCCGGCAACACUGGACAUGCCUCACAACAUGUCCAGGAAGUUCAAGUCUGUGAAACUCAUUAUACCUUCUUUCCGGGUGGAUCUGGACCGAAGAAUGGACUUGACACUGAAACGGAUUGGACUCAAGGACAUGAUCUCUCCAAACUCUGUUCCACUGAGGGGCAUUCAUGAAGUUCCCUACAGUGUGGAGACCGCGGCGCAGUGGAAUUAUUUGCAACUCAGAGUGGUGGAAACUGGUUGGAUUAAGGUUGAAGAAAUGGGGUCAGAGCCGCCGCCAUUUUCUAUGUUCACCACCAUGGUGGACAAUCUGGUAAAUCAUUUUGGGGAAAAUAAAUUCAAGCAACUUGCUGUUGAGUUUCACUCCAUGAGAUAUGAGGAAGAGGCUCAAAUGGACAGGAUUCUAGCUGAUCCUUCUUUGAAAGCUGCUUGGAAACCCAUGGUUUGGAAACUGGAUAAAAAUGACGAGUUUGCUGCCAAUUUGAGGUUAGCAGGAAACAAGGCAUUCCAUGCCAAGAAAUAUGAUGAUGCCAAGAGGAUGUACAACACCAGUGUGCUAUUUGCUUCUCACCCUGACCCAGAAGACCCAAGCAGGGGCAAAGUGCUUCCUGUUGCCUACUUUAAUCGGGGUGUCGCAUUAAUGCAGUUGGGCGAUUGGGACAAUGCCUUGAAAGACUUGGAGCGAGCUGAAGAAAAUGGAUACCCACCAGAGACCAAGUUCCGUCUCAUCGACAGAAAAAGCGUCAUUUUGUCUGAACUCAAACGAUUCGACGAAGCCAGGGAAUUGUACAAAUCCGGCCUCUUGUUUCUCAAGUCACCCGGAGAAUCACCCAAUAUGUCUGACGACCUGAAAACCCUGUUUAGAAAGUCCUGGGAACGGAAUCUCGAACGCUUGGAACGAGUGUCGCCGAAGAAGAAGAAGACGGUCAAGUUGGGGGCCAUUUUGAAAGUGCGCCAGAUGGCGUCCUCGGAAGUGGCGGCGGCAGAGGAAGAGCCGCCGUAUGCGGAAAUUUCCGAAGGGAUCAAGUUGGAGUACAAUCAGACCAAGGGCAGGCAUUUUGUGGCGCAACGGGAUUUUGAGCCUGGUGAAGUUUUGGUGGUUGAGAAGCCAUUUGUUGCAGUGCUGGACCCCCAUUGUUGGGAUACUCAUUGUUUGCAUUGCUACACAAGGGUUUCACUUACAGUUCCUUGUCCAACUUGUUGCCUUGUGAAUUUCUGCUCCGAAACCUGCAGAGAUCUGGCAACAGAAAGCCAUCACAGAUUCGAAUGUGCCUACGCCAGCAGUCUCAUUGACGCCGCAUUGAAUGACGAAAAAGUCUCAGCAUUAUUAGCGCAAAGAUUGAUCUUAUUGACGGGCAUUGCCAAAAUCGGCGACAUGUUGCCACACUUUUUGUCCUAUGACGACAAAUUCCUGGAAUCCCGUCUGCCAGAUUUUUCAGAAUCCAGUUACGAGAAUAUCGUUUGCUUGCAAAGCCACAUUGACAAGAUUUCCCCUGACCACAUGAUGAGAAUGGCGCUUCAAGCUUAUUACCUCACCAGGCUGCUGCAGGAACACGGCUUUUUUGAAACCAGCGAGUCGAAAAAUGAAGAUGGCGUUCCAAAAUGACCCAAACUUCGUGUAUUAAUUGGUUCUGUGUUCAUCUUUACGGAGUGAUAGUUCUUAUUGAUUUUGUAAUUUAACCUAGUAGAGGUUUAUCACAUUGUUUUUCUCUCUCUCUGUCUCUCCUUUGAUGAUAUAAAAAUGAAUGAAUGUGAAUGACUCUGAU